AUGUGGGUGCUGGAGGGGGACGAGGUGGUGGCAGUCAAUGGAGAGACCGUUGAAGGAAAGAGCUUGGACGAGGUUGGACCACUCGUCAAGAACUCCGAAGGUGACAGUGUCACGCUGACUCUUUGUCGGCAUUACAUGGCAGGUCCCGUGAAGGUUGUGUUUCUGCCGAGCGGUAAAGUGGCCACCAUGAAGCGAGGCAUUGAGAUCCUGAAGGCCGCUGAGGUGGGCGUCGAGGAUGUCUCCUUUUCCUGCAAAGAAGGGUGGUGCCAUGCCUGUUGGCACACAGAUCCAAUGUUUGGGACUGUCUACAGAGCAUGCAGUGCUAUCAGCCGCAAGCGACCACCGCCAAAAAACCCACGCAGAAUCCCUGAGAAAUGGAAUAAUGUGGUCCCCCUGUGGCUCCUGAACUGGCGCGAGUCACAGAGGUGGGCGAAGUUCAAGAAGCAGAAGCGUGAGAAAGAGAAGCAAGAGCGGUUGGCAAAGCGAGCAGCCGAACGAGAAGCAGCAACUGCGUGA